AUGAAAUCAGUUCCACUUUUACAGGUCUAUGCUGUGGUGGCAUUGAUAUUGACAAUGAUGAUGAACGAUAGUCAAGGGGAUGAUCAUCUUUUCGAUAACAUCAAAUUCAAGCUCGACGAUGCAACAAUCGAUCCAGAGAAGAGAUCAUUCUGGGUUCUUCUGUCUUCUUUGGUGCUUUUUGUAGCAUGGAUUAUAUUCUUGACCUAUUAUCUAUCCAGAAUAAUUGGCCCAAUAGUAUCCUUCAUUUUAAACAGGUACGAUCUGGUUGUUUCGUUGAGGGACAGAGUCGCAUAUGCUUUGAAAUGUCCUUUUCCUUGAUU